AUGUAUUCCUCGAUGGCCACACGAUUUAGAUCAGACAGCCCUCAGGUCGAACCUUUUCCACCUCUUGAAGUCCCGCAUACGCCUACCACGACCGCCCAAUCCGCUUUUGCCGUCUCUAAGGAAUCUCAGCCUCUACUUAAGCCACACGUCCCGGAGUAUACUGGUGUUUCACCAAAGUCUCCAGCACGCUACUCGCCCAGACCUCUUACAGGCGCCGCCGCUCAGGCUGAUGCUAGAAGACUGCAAUCACAGCAGCAAACUCACGACACCACUCAGACUAGCGCGAAUCCUGCUGCCACUGCUCUGCAUGCUCUCAUGAGCGGCCCUGCGGUAUCCAAGGCUACAGACCUCUCUUCUCCUGGCCACCCUCCAACCAGCCAAAUGCGCAAACCAAGCACACAUCUCACCGUGCCUGUCACGACGACAGCUGAGGCUUCUCAGCCCAGUCCUGUCAGUCUCAGAAGCUUCGGGGACUCGGACGCUGUUUCACCAAAUGGCGCCACGACAGCAACCGCUCAUGAGCACACUCGCGAUCCCCAGAUGGUCGCCGAACCUGCAGAGAUGUCUAGCAUGGACUAUCCCGAGCCCGCACGUGGAUACAACCCGCCCACAAACGCUCAUUCUUCACACAAAUCAUUCACAUACCCUGGUCCAGCAUCCGUAACAGCAGAGGCGGCCUCAGAAGGUCAGUCGAGAGCCUCUCCAUCGACCAAACGGCACAAGUGCCCGUAUUGUGCGACGGACUUCACACGUCACCACAACCUCAAAAGUCAUUUGCUUACGCACAGCCAAGAGAAACCAUACGUUUGUCAGACUUGUCAAUCACGCUUCAGAAGGUUGCACGACCUUAAACGCCACUCUAAGUUGCACACAGGCGAGAGGCCGCACAUCUGCGACAAAUGUGGCAGGCGGUUUGCCCGCGGUGACGCUCUGGCUCGGCAUAACAAAGGUCCUGGGGGCUGCGCUGGCCGCCGCUCUAGCUUUGGAGGGGAUGACGAUAGCAGAUUAGGCGAUGAGGGAAUGGAUGGCAUGGAGUACAAUGAUCAUGGCGACAACGGCCAUGACCUAGACGAUGAAGACGAAGACCAUCGCAGAGGUAGUGAGCCGAGUCGCAAGCGUGCUCAUAUCGAAGACUCGCACGACUCAAACAGGUCCAUCUACCGCCAACGCUCAAGUACUUACCCACCGCCUCUAGCCAGUCGCACCCACAGAGGCAAUAUGGGUCCUCCAAACCAUCACAUCCUGCCGUCAUCCAGCUCUGUGACGUCUCCUGGCGAGCUUUCUAACGUCAACUCCACAAGCAGUGUGGGGAUGAAUCCAUAUGGGGCACCUCCUACAGUUGUGCUUGGCGAAGGAGGCAUCUCUCAUUCACCCAAACCGCUGUCACCCAAUCAACAAGACCAACACCGUCUCAGCAUAGCCGAGACCACUAAUGCUUUGCGGAACAGAUCGCCUAGCUUGACACAAAUCCAACAAGCGCACCACGCUCGAGGUGGUCAGGCUACACCACCUGCUCCUCAUCAAAUGGCACAACACAAUCAGCUGCCUUCGUUAGCAGGACUGGCUUCCGGUCAUACAAUGAGACUGCCCAUACAAUCUGCUACACACAACUCAAUGCACAACAACAUGCAAUCUGGACCCAUGCAUGGAUCAAACCCUGGCAGUUUGUCGAGCCAUGGCCACAGCUCAGGCGGCAGCACACGGGAGAUCAUUGGUGACAACAUAAAUGACGUCUGGAACUACGUCAGGAACCUAGAGCAACGAUUUUCUCGCAUGCAAGAUGAAUACGAAUUGCGCAUAUCACGUCUUCAGGAAGACUUGAUAGCUAUCAAGGGGCACCUCAGCUACCAACAGCCACGCUGA